CAAUUCCCAAACAUAUCUAAACGGGUCGGCAAGUCUCUAUAGUCCAUUCCAAAGGAAACCCAACCCAUUGACAUCCUCAAUUCUCAGAGCGUUAAACACUUUAGCUGUUGAACACUGAAGAAGAAGAAGCAAAGGAUAACAAUAACAAAAAAAAAAAAAAUGAGGUUAACAUGUAUACAUAAUAAUUCCCCUUCCAUUACUCUUUCAAGCUCAACCUCUUCUUCUUCUUCUCAAUCUCAUACCAAUUUAUUCUCCUCUGUUAACCCCAAACCAUCCUAUCUCUCUCUGCCACGUGUCCCUCUAUCUCGCUCUGUCCUUACUCUCGCUCGCCGACGUAGUAACUCCUCACGCCCCCUCACUUCCCCCUCUAAGAAAAACAAGAGUCGCAAGGGAGUGGACUCAAAUAAAGAAGAUGUGAAUGAGGAUGCUUUUGAGGCUCUUUUUAAGCAGCUUGAAGAAGAUCUCAAGGCAGAUGAGCAGUUAUUAGAUGAUGGCGAGGAUGAGAUCUCUGAAGAAGAGCUUGCCAUGCUUGAACGUGAGUUGGAAGAAGCAUUGGCGGAAGAUGAAAGUAUAUCACAUCUGUUGAAUUUGACACCAAAUGAUGCUGUAGAAGGAGAAGAGGUAGAAGAACAAAUGGAAGAUGAAGUUGGAGAAGAUGAUGUUGAUGAUGAAGAGGAAGAGGAACCAAUAACAUUGAAAGGUUGGCAACUCCGGCGAUUGGCGUAUGCACUGAAAGCUGGCCGCCGUAAAACUAGUAUAAAAAAUCUUGCAGCUGAAUUAUGUCUUGAUAGGGCUAUCGUUCUUGAGCUGCUACGGGACCCACCUCCAAAGCUGUUAAUGAUGAGCGCUACUUUGCCUGAUAAACCAAAGCCUCCUAUAGCAAUUCCGGUUUCUGAAGACAUGCCAUCUGUUCCACCUGAGGUGCUUGUUCCUUCUGAGGUGGUUGCUGAUGAUUCUGCUCCAUCUGAACCCAAUGUUGAAACCCCCAUCCAUGUCCUACAAGACAGUUGGUCUGCACAAAAGAGAUUGAAGAAAGUGCAACUUGAAACUUUAGAAAAUGUCUAUAGACGUACCAAGCGUCCUACUAAUACGAUGAUUAGCAGCAUAGUUCAUGUGACCAACCUUCCUCGCUUGAAAGUUGUAAAAUGGUUUGAAGACAAACGUGCUGCUGAAGGAGUGCCUGAACAACAACGCCCUUUUCGACGCUCCUCGUCUGAAUCUGUGACUGCCCAGUAAUUCUGUUAUCCUAUCGAAUUAGUAUGGUGUAAAAUGUUUUAUGAUGUAUAAGUAUUAUAUAAAUUUCAUGCUAUCUUUAUGGCUUAA